AUGCGAAUAACCUCGCCCAAAGCUCCAGAUCACGGUUCGACUUUCUUGAACAUCGACGAUGACACGGAUUCUGAUAAGGAAUUUCAGUCAGACUCGAGUGCAUGCGAAGCGUACUCACCAUAUGUUUUGGAAAAGAUCGAAGAAAUAUGUUCCCCUUAUGCAAAAGGUAUCAACAACAUAAAUCAAGGUACCUUUGCAUUGAUACUGCCGGAAAAUUCCAUGGUCAAAGUCAAGGUAUGGUUCGAAGAUUCGGUUGCCAAAACGAUCUGGAUCGAGGGCGCUUCACCUAUCUCCUAUCAACCGAAGGGCGCUCUACCAAGGAGGGAGCUUUAUCAAAAUCCUACCAGCAUAAACAAUAAUUGCAUAUACUUUUCCUGCAAGCCAAAUGGUUAUUCGGCCUCGAAUACACCUCCACAAGCAAGCGAAUCGAACGAGGAGCACACUCUUAUAUCCCUACUCUAUGCAAUCAUCGCUCAACUCCAGCGCCUUCUUCCACAAGAGUCCUGCUUCACUACGCCUGAGUUUCACGAAAUUAAAUUUGAAUCACUUUAUAAGAGCAUAAAAAGUGCACCGGCUGCAUUACAAAUUAUUCGAGCGUAUCUCGAACAUACUACUGCAACUUCUCUACUGUGGAUCGUUGAUGGGUUGCAGUUUGUUGUGAACGUAGAUACAGAACCCUACUUGAAGGAAUUGGUCAAUAUUAUACGUGCCCAAGAACAUGCCGCAAAAUCUAAGUUGUGCUUCAUGACAGAAGGGAAACGCGAAGUCAUUUUUAAAAUCAUUAGUCCCUUUACAGCAGAGGAUGCAUUAAAUGAAGCAAGGAGAAAUCUCAUGGAAAGGGAGUUUUGGCAUCUUUGUGUGUGA